GUUGAAGAUAUAGUGUUGAAGUAUGUAGCCACCUCUUGGGAUGGGUACCUAACUGUAUUUAGGGGCUAUUGAAGCUUCUAACCUUAGUAUCGACGAUGCAACUCGUCCAGCUCCCAUCUACUACAAUAGCGUUAAGCACAGCGUAUGUAAACCGCUGUAGUUGUAGUAGGUUUUACCUCUUGCAGCGCCUUAUGGACGCUGUAACAUUUAUGAAUAUCUCCAGAGUGGCUGAUUUAUACUCUCGAGUUUAAACCCACCGCCCAGACAUGGCUUAUUACGAAAAGCUUCAGAAACAUACCUCCACCAAUUUCCGAACGUAGAAACUUCAUAAUGAGGUUCUCUACUAAGGUACUCCUCAUCAUAGGCCUCAGGGCCACCCAAAUACUGGGUAGAAUAGCACCUCCGAGCUCUGGCUUCGAGAUACGCGCCCGAGAAGACCCAUCAGCCGGAAGCUCAAUGAACGAUAUCGAUAAGGGCGACGACGACGACGACAACAACAACGACGAUGAAGAGGACGACGACAAGCCGCCGCCACCAGGAUUCGACCCCUUCGACGACCCCGAGACAGACAUAACCGGGACGGAGGUGUUGAUACCGCCCGCCAUAAACGACACCACCGAAAUCGACUGGUUCAACCUCGACAACUCGAUCGAACUCAGCGAGAUGCCGGACAGGAAGGACUGGGUGAUCCCCGUCUCGCACGCGUGGUGCGCGACCUGGGACAUAAAGGACGUCAACGUGCGCGGCUCGAUCCAGAGGACCAUCCGCUGGAACAACCGAGGCAACAAGGUGCACCGCAAGUACGUGCACUGGGAGCUAGACGGGCAGGUCGGCACCUACGUCUGCGACUGCAAGUGGGAAUACCGCGACAAGGCCACAUCCUGGGAGAUGUGGGAGUUCUACGAGAGGAUGAUCGAGUGGUGCGGCGAGGGCCGCGCUGGCUGGAUCUUUAGCAAGAAGUGGGAAAAGGGCUAUGCUGUUACUACCAGGGAUAGGAUCAUGUACACGAGGCCCAGGAAGUCAUUGUGCCCCAAGUUUUGCUGCUUCGACCCUAAGAGUCAAAAGUUGAUGGGGGAGGAUUAGGCGGUGGUAUACUUACACAUAAAGUUACGAUCAGAUUAG